AUGAAGACCGUUCUGCACGCAUGCGUAGUGUUUGUGUUGGCGGUAGCGGUAGAGGUAUUAUGUGAAGAGCCGGUGCUACCCUGUUCUCCUUGUUACAAUGUGACAUGCGGUGAUCCCCCGGAGAGUUGUGAACUGGACAAGAUCCCGUGUGGUUGUUGUCCCACCUGCGUAAGACUGGAAGGUCAGCUGUGCGAGGCUUUUUCUCCCAGGUGUGGUUAUGGUCUAAAAUGCCUCACCCCUGGAGGAUUCUAUGACGGACGGCCGCCAUGGUACAUGCAAUACUUAAGAGGAGUGUGUGUCAAAGGGCCUCAGACUCAUCCUGAUGCCAUCAUUAAUACAGGAAACACGUCCGUUGUAAGGGCCGCAGACACAGAUGACAAUGUGUAA